AAAAGUCUUUUUGAGAUCCCAAUCACUUUGCAGACGGAAAUGGCGGGAGCUGAGACCUUCUCCCACAGACAUCCAUACGUUCCGAGAGAUCUGAACCUUCCUGCUUUUGUGCCUGGCACUCUCUCUCAAAGCACCAUUCUCAGCGUUUACGGCGUUUCUUCUCUACUUGUCGUCUCUCUCAUGUGGUUCAUUUCAGGGCGAUCCAAAGUAUCAAAGACUGAUAGACUGCUCAUGUGCUGGUGGGCAUUUACGGGGCUGACACACAUUGUCCUUGAGGGUUACUUCGUUUUCUCUCCGGAGUUCUACAAGGAGAAGACUCCCCAUUAUCUGGCAGAAGUUUGGAAAGAGUACAGUAAAGGUGACUCAAGAUAUGCAUCAAGGAAUUCUGCAAUUGUUGCUAUUGAAGGGCUUACUGCAGUUCUGGAGGGUCCAGCUUCCCUUUUAGCUGUGUUUGCUAUAGCCACGAAAAGUUCAUACAGCUACAUUCUUCAGUUUGCUGUCUCUUUGGGACAACUAUAUGGAACUGCGGCAUACUUCAUUACUUCUUACUUGGAUGGGGACGACUUUGCUGCAAGCCCAUAUUAUUACUAUGCAUAUUAUGUUUUUGCAAAUUUCUGGUGGGUCGUUAUACCUUCACUAAUUUCCAUUAGGUGUUGGAAAAAAAUAAGUGCAGCAUUCCAAGUCCAAGUCCAGAAAAAGAGCAAAAUACGUUGAGAUAGAAUUAACGGAAAAGACUCUGAGCCUAAGGCGUACGCUGCAUCUACUCAUCCUAUUUUUUA